AUGCAGACAUCCAGCUGGGACAAGUUUCUUCUCCUGGUGUGGAAGAAUUGGAUUAUACAGAAGCGGCAUUAUGUGCAAACACUGUUCGAAAUAUUAAUCCCGGCAGUUUGCUGUGCAGUGCUUAUUCUAGUACGUGGUCUUGUAGAUCCAGAAUUGUUCGAUCAACCCUCCGUGUGGGAGCCGUUACCCACGGAUACGGUGGAGCAUAUGCUGCCAGAUGUCAAUCCCACAAUCGACCCACCGAUACAUUUCAUGUUCGCCUAUAGUCCCAAAGCGGAUUUAGUGGAUAAAAUGAUCACGAAUGCGGUUCAACAGAUACGCGAACCUCUGACAGUACAAGCCUUUUCGAAUGCCAUAGAAAUGGAAAAUUUCUUACGCAGUAACAACACAUUGGUGGGAAUAGAAUUUCCCGACACUUAUCGUACGUUGAACACCCUACCGGAUAAAGUGACCUACGCGCUUCGAUUUCCAUCUGAAAUGCGCACUUUCCAGGAUGACUUUACUGCAUUUUGGGCUAAUUGGUUCACCGAAUUGAUGUUUCCUCAGUUCCAAAUGGCUGGAGCCCGAAACAAUGAAAGGGCGGAUGGUGGCUAUCCAGCGAAUUAUUUCAAUGAAUCGUUCAUCGCAGUUCAAAGUGCAGUCGAUCGAGCCAUCCUUCUGGAACGGAAUCCAAAUAUGGAGUUGACACCGAUGUUUCUACGGAGAUUUCCUUAUCCGCCGUACUACAGUGAUCCACUUUUAACCGGUUUGGAAAAUCUGCUUCCAUUGGUUAUUGCAAUUGCAUUUUUCUACUCCGCGCUCAACAUCGUAAAGUACAUUACCGUUGAGAAGGAACGACAACUCAAAGAAACUAUGAAAAUCAUGGGCUUGUUCAGUUGGCUGCACUGGUCGGCAUGGUUUGUCAAGUGCAUAAUUUUGUUGGCAAUAUCGUCUUCACUUAUUACGAUCUUACUCUGUGUUGACGUAACGACCAACAGCGAUCUUGCAAUAUUCGAAUACUCAAACUGGUUUGUGGUUUGGAUAUAUCUUUUGGUUCUCAGCGUUACAACAAUAUGCUACUGCUUUAUGAUGAGUACUUUCUUUUCUAAAGCAAAUCUUGCCUCUGGUAUCUCCGGACUGAUUUGGUUCAUCAUGAUCGUUCCGUACAACAUAGCUUUCCCGAAUUAUGACUCAUUAUCGCUGGCUGUUAAAUUGGCGUUGAGUCUGUUUGCCAACUCUGGCAUGUCCUUCGGUUUUAUGCUUAUGAUGAGACACGAAGGUACCUCGACAGGACUUCAAUGGUCAAAUCUCUUCGAAACGGUAACCGUGGACGAUAACCUAACGGUCGGACACACACUCAUAAUGCUACUGGUAGACGCAGUUUUAUAUCUGCUGAUAGCUCUAUACGUUGAAAAGGUGUUUCCUGGAGAAUUCGGAGUCGGACAACGAUGGUAUUUUCUUUUCACCAAGAAGUUUUGGUUCGGUAGACCAAAAACUCGUGAUGUUCCAGUCAUAAGUGUAACCGAUAACGACAACAUUGAACAAGAACCAAACGGUAAAAAGGCAGGAAUUCAAAUUCGUAAUUUACGGAAGGUAUUUAACAAAGACAAGACCGCUGUUCAAGGACUAAACUUGAAUAUGUUUGAAGGUCAAAUAACCGUACUGCUGGGACAUAACGGUGCCGGUAAAACCACGACGAUGUCCAUGCUAACCGGGCUGUUUCCUGCUACAUCUGGUACGGCCAUUAUCAAUGGUUAUGACAUUGCAUCGGACAUGGAUGCAGUACGAAAUUCGCUGGGACUCUGUCCCCAACAUAAUGUUUUGUUCGACGAAUUGACCGUAUCGGAACACAUCGAAUUUUUUGCACGAUUAAAAGGUGUCUCUAGGAAGGGUAUUAAACAAGAAAUAGAACAUUUCGUAAAGGUUCUAGAAUUGGAGGAUAAAAUCAACAUGCAAUCGCACACAUUAUCGGGCGGAAUGAAGCGUAAACUGUCCGUCGGAAUAGCCCUUUGCGGAGGGUCGAAAGUAGUGCUUUGUGAUGAACCAAGUUCGGGAAUGGACCCGUCCGCACGAAGAGCGCUCUGGGAUUUGCUGAUCAAGGAAAAAAUAGGUCGUACUAUUCUGCUUUCCACGCAUUUUAUGGACGAAGCCGACAUAUUAGGGGAUCGCAUCGCAAUUAUGGCAGAAGGCGAACUUAAAGCUGCCGGAUCAUCAUUUUUCUUGAAGAAAAAGUUUGGAGUUGGAUACAGGUUGACUUGUGUGAAAAAUGUAGAUUGCAAUCCAGCGAAUUUAGAAGCGCUCCUAAAGAAUCAUAUACCGGAUAUUCACAUCGAUACCGACAUUGGAACGGAGUUAUCUUUUAUUUUGAGUGAAAAGUAUACCGAAAGUUUUCAACCGAUGCUACAGGAUUUAGAAGAAAACUGCGAAAACCUAGGUAUAAGUAGUUUCGGAAUUUCAUUGACAACUAUGGAGGAAGUAUUUUUAAAAGUUGGCAGCGAUGCUCUCGCUCUGGAUAGUAAACCUUCCAUCGAAGACAACUAUUCAGAUCAAACGGAAAUACUGAAUAUGGCGUCCACGGUUAAACUUCACGAAGAACACGAAGCCCUCGUCAGUGGAUCCAAACUCGUCUACAAUCAGAUACGGUCGAUGUUUUUGAAAAAAAUAAUAUCAGCCAAGCGUAGUUGGGUCCAGCAACUAGUGCAACUGCUGAUCCCGGUAUACUUCGUUUGUGUGACCGUCGCCAUCGUGCGUUCAUUUCCCGGAAUCAGUGAAUUGCCCCCGCUUCCCAUCAGUAUCACCAAUUAUUCUGUUACUAUGACUCUUUUGGAAGCAUCUUCUAGUAAUCCACUUGUCGCCGGAUACCAAAAGUUAUUCGAAGGCAUUUCCGCGAUACAUCAACUUCAAAUUUCGGAACAAAAUAUGAUCGAUCAUAUUUUAUCGUUGUCGAUUGAAAAUAUUGGCCGCGUAAACAGACAAUUUAUGGUUGCCGCAACGCUAGCAGACACAAACCACACCGCGUGGUUCAACCCUCAAGGAUUUCACACAGCUCCAUUGUCGGUGUCCUUUCUCCACAAUGCUAUUCUGAAAUCCAUUUGUGAUAACUGUGAAAUAUCUGUCGUCAAUAAGCCACUUCCGUAUCGACCGAAUACUCGAUUCACACAACUCCAAGCAGGCAACAAUCUAGGCUUCCAGCUAUCGUUCAACACCGGAUUUGCUAUGUCGUUCAUCUCUGCAAUGUACAUCAUGUUCUACAUCAAGGAACGAACAUCCCGAGCGAAGUUGCUGCAGUUCGUGAGUGGAGUGAAUGUUUCCGUUUUCUGGUGCGUAUCGUUCCUGUGGGAUUAUUUUACUUUCCUCGUUACCGCACUGGUUUACCUGGGAAUACUGGCAGUCUUCCAGGAACCAGGCUGGUCUACCACUGGAGAACUCGGUCGUAUAUUUCUGAUACUGUGCGUAUUCGGAUUAGCGUUUUUACCAAUAGUCUAUCUGUUCUCAUUUUGGUUCCAAGUUCCAUCGACGGGUUUCGUGAAAAUGAUGAUGCUGAACAUAUUCACCGGAACAAUAUUCUUCACCGCCGUUUUUCUGCUGCAAUUCGAUGGGUUUGAUUUGAUGGAUGUUGCACGAGCUCUCGAGUGGGCAUUCAUGAUUUUCCCUCUGUUUGCGUUGAGUGAAAGUUUAAGUAAUAUUAAUGUACUGACCACUACGCGAACGGUAUGUAACGAACAGUGCCAGACCAUGCCAUUUUGCACGGAACAAUUGAUGUGCACCCUGUUUCCGACUUGUUGUGAUACUGAGAUUUUCACUUGGGACCCAAAAGGAAUAAACAGGCAACUGAUGUACAUGGGCGGAAUAGGGAUGCUUGGAUUCAUUGUACUGUUUGCAAUAGAAUAUAGGCUGAUUAAGAGGAUUUUCGGUAGGCGUCUAUUUGCCCAACGACCUCCAGUCGAAGACACAAACAUGGAUGAUGAUGUUCUUUCUGAAAAGGAACGAGUCACAACAAUGUCUGCUGAGCAAAUAUCUAGUAAAAAUUUGGUUAUGCGCAACCUGUCCAAAUAUUAUAAACGUCUACUUGCUGUAAACCAACUUAAUGUAUCUGUAGAGAAUACUGAAUGCUUUGGCUUACUAGGGGUAAACGGUGCUGGAAAAACUUCAACUUUUAAAAUGUUAACCGGUGAUGAAGGAAUAUCGUAUGGUGAAGCGUGGGUCAAAGGAAUUAAGCUUAAUACCAGUAUGAACAAAGCAUAUAGGCACAUUGGAUACUGUCCCCAAUUCGACGCAGUUCUAGAAGAUUUAACCGGUCGUGAGACACUAAAAAUAUUUGCCCUAAUGCGCGGUAUUCAAGAUCAAGAUAUUACUCCUUGCACGGAAAAACUAGCUGUAGAGCUAAACUUCCGGAAACAUCUUGACAAAAAAAUUAAGGAAUACAGCGGGGGUAACAAGCGGAAACUUAGUACUGCGCUCGCUUUGUUAGGCAAUCCGUCUGUAGUGUACCUGGAUGAGCCGACAACGGGGAUGGACCCGGGAGCUAGGCGACAGUUAUGGAAUGUUAUUCUGGAUGUGAAAAAAUCCGCUAAAUCUAUAAUUCUAACUUCACACAGUAUGGAAGAAUGUGAAGCCCUAUGCACGCGGCUUGCAAUAAUGGUUAACGGAGAGUUUAAGUGCAUCGGUUCCACACAACAUCUGAAAAGCAAGUUUUCGAAAGGAUAUUUUCUUACUGUUAAGAUUAAACGAAGCGACAUUGAAGCUGAUGAUAUUCAAAGGAAGGAAACGGUGAAGUCAUAUGUUUCCCAACGUUUCGAAAGAGCAGUUUUGAGGGAAGAUCACCAAGACACACUAACCUAUCACAUCGUCCACGCUGAUUUGAAAUGGUCAACGAUGUUUGGUUUGAUGGAAACGGCUAAACGUACGCUGGACAUCGAAGAUUAUGCUUUGGGACAAACGUCAUUGGAACAGGUAUUCUUAUUUUUCACGAAACACCAGCGAGUGUGCGAUUAA